GAGAGAGAGGAAGGGGAAGGAUUGAAGGAGUAGAAGAGGCGGAGGAGGAGGAGUGUGAGGAGCGCACAGAGGGAGAAACCCAAUCCUCUUAGGUAGCCGUGCCGAGUGAAAAAACCGAGCGAGACAGAGUGGGAGGGAGAGAGAGAGAGGGAGCGUGCGAGCGAGCGAGGGGGAGGAGAGGGAGCCCGGAGGGCCAAUCCAGACUGCGUGAGUCAGAGCAGGCUGCCCGCUGGCGAGCGAGCUGGUUCCUCCGUUUCCCUCCAUCGCGGCGGCGCUUCGUCCAGAGAGGUGGAGAGAGAGAGAGAGCGCAGGGCGGGGUCCACAGGUGCCGAGUCAUGGGCUAUGGGGGCCAUGGUGACCUAGCGUAAAUGGCUAUUCCUCAGCACAGCUUAGUGCCACUGUCUGCUGCUCAGUCCUCCUCCCCUUCUUCCUCCUCCUCCUCCCGAGGCCCUGCCCCCUCCCUCUGCCGCCGUGCCCCGCCGCUGGUGCCCCGCCUCCUUUGCCCUGCCGUCGCCGACCCCGCGCCCGCCGUCGGCCAUGUUGGGAGUGGGCGUGUGGAAGCUGGUGCGCGGCGUCCGCCAGCUGGAGCUGCACCGCCUCAUCCUGGCGCUCAUCCUCUUCUGCCUGCUCUCCAUGGCCUGCUUGGCCUACUACGUCAGCAACAGCCCCAAGAUCAAGGAGGCGCCCCCGCUGCCCUUCAGUGACUGCGGCGGGGGGCCUGCGCUCGCCGCGGGGGCCGGUGGCGGGGCGGGGGGCCAGCGGACGCCCCUCUUCGUGCGCCCGGGCCGCCCGCGGCCCGCCAAGGCGGUGGACAACUCGCGGACGGAGCCGGUGGUGCUGGUGUUUGUGGAAAGCAUCUACUCGCAGCUGGGCCAGGAGAUCGUGGCCAUCCUGGAGUCGAGCCGCUUCCGCUACCGCACGGAGAUCGCCCCGGGCAAGGGCGACAUGCCCACGCUGACGGAGCGCAACCGCGGCCGCUACGCGCUCAUCGUCUACGAGAACGUGCUCAAGUACGUCAACCUGGACGCCUGGAACCGCGACCUGCUCGACAAGUACUGCGUGGAGUACGGCGUGGGCGUGGUGGGCUUCUUCAAGGCCAACGAGAACUCGCUGCUCAGCGCCCAGCUCAAGGGCUUCCCCCUCUUCCUGCACUCCCACCUGGGCCUGAGGGACUACCGCAUCAACCCCAGCGCCCCGCUGCUCUACAUCACCCGGCCCAACGAGGUGGAGGCCGGCCCACUGCCGGGCGACGACUGGACCGUCUUCCAGUCCAACCACUCCACCUACGAGCCCGUCCUGCUGGCCAGCACCAGGUCGUCGGAGGCGCUGGCCCACCUGGGCCCCCUCCGUGCGGUCCACGCCACCGUGGUGCAGGACCUGGGCCUGCACGACGGCAUCCAGCGGGUGCUGUUCGGCAACAACCUCAACUUCUGGCUGCACAAGCUGGUGUUUGUGGACGCCAUCGCCUACCUGACGGGGAAGAGGCUGUGCUUGUCGCUGGAGCGCCACCUGCUGGUGGACGUGGACGACAUCUUCGUGGGGAAGGAGGGCACCCGCAUGAAGGUGUCGGACGUGGAGGCAUUACUCAACACUCAGAACAAACUGCGGACUCUGGUACCCAAUUUUACCUUCAACCUGGGCUUUUCUGGAAAGUUCUAUCACACAGGCACAGACGAGGAGGACCGGGGAGACGACAUGCUCCUUCGACACAGGAAGGAGUUCUGGUGGUUCCCUCACAUGUGGAGCCACAUGCAGCCCCACCUGUUCCACAAUGUCAGCGUGCUGGCAGAGCAGAUGAGACUCAACAUGCUCUUCGCCCAGGAGCACGGCAUCCCCACAGACAUGGGCUAUGCGGUGGCCCCCCAUCACUCGGGGGUGUACCCCGUGCACAGCCAGCUGUACGAGGCCUGGAAGUCAGUGUGGGGCAUCAAGGUGACCAGCACGGAGGAGUACCCCCACCUCCGGCCCGCCCGCUACCGCAGGGGCUUCAUCCACAGUGGCAUCCAGGUGCUGCCCAGGCAGACAUGUGGCCUCUUCACCCACACCAUCUUCUAUAACGAGUACCCCGGGGGCUCCAAGGAGCUGGACAAGAGCAUCCGCGGAGGAGAGCUGUUCCUCACCGUGCUCCUCAACCCUAUCAGCAUCUUCAUGACCCACCUGUCUAACUAUGGCAACGACCGCCUGGGCCUGUACACCUUUGAGUCACUGGUGAAGUUUGUCCAGUGCUGGACCAACCUGCGCCUGCAGACCCUGCCCCCUGUCCAGCUGGCCCAGAAGUACUUUCAGAUCUUUCCAGAGGAGAGGGACCCGCUCUGGCAGAACCCUUGCCACGACAAGAGACACAAGGAUAUCUGGUCCAAGGAGAAGACGUGUGACAGGCUACCCAGGUUCCUGGUCAUAGGCCCACAGAAAACAGGCACCACGGCCCUCCACUCGUUCCUGAGCCUCCACCCAGCCAUCACCAGCAGCUUCCCCAGCCCCUCCACCUUCGAGGAGAUCCAGUUCUUCAGCGGGCCAAACUACGACAACGGCAUCGACUGGUACAUGGACUUCUUCCCCUUCCCCUCCAACGUCAGCACCGACUUCAUGUUCGAGAAGAGUGCCAACUACUUUGACACGGAGGUGGCGCCCAAGCGGGUGGCCGCCCUGCUGCCCCGGGCCAAGAUCCUGGCGGUGCUCAUCAACCCGGCGGACCGCGCCUACUCCUGGUACCAGCACCAACGAGCUCACCAGGACCCCGCAGCCAUCAACCACACCUUCAGCCAGGUGGUGACGGCCGGGCCCACGUCCCCACGAGACCUGCUCAUGCUGCAGAGACGCUGCCUUAAACCCGGGGCCUAUGCCACGCACCUGGAGCGCUGGCUACGCCACUACCAGCCCAACCAGAUGCACAUCGUGGAUGGCACCCUGCUUCGCUCCAACCCUGCCCUGGUGAUGGAGGGCAUCCAGAGGUUCCUGGCCGUAACCCCCAUCUUCAACUACACCCAGGCUCUGACGUAUGAUGAAAGUAAAGGGUUCUGGUGCCAGAGAGUAGAAGCAGGCCGACCCAAGUGUCUAGGCAAGAGUAAAGGCAGGAAAUACCCAGAGAUGAGCCCCGAGACGCGUGCCUUUCUGACGGAGCAUUACCGCGAGCACAACAUGGAGCUGCUGCGUCUCCUGAACCGCCUGGGCCAGCCGCUGCCCUCCUGGCUCCGAGAGGAGCUCCAGAGCAGCAGCUGGAGCUGAGACUGGGCCCUCCACACACACACACACUCACACACACACACUGUUGGGACUGGACUGGACCACACUGGGGAGGGGGGGGGGAGUUGA